AUGGCGCCCCCACCGGCAGAGGAACCCCCACGACCCACGGCGACCACGGGCAGCAACAAAGGGAAGGGAAACCCCAACCCGUGGCCAUGGGAAGGGGAUCCCCAGGCCCGGAGGCCACCACGACGAGAAGGGGCGGCCCGACGGACGAAGGCGCGCGGGAUGCAACCACCCGAGACGAGCGGCGAUGGCCACGGCCCCGGAGCGGCACCGGCGGCGGCGAGGCCACCCGAAGUCAUAGGUGGCCGCGACACCGAGACGGCCGCGACGCCGCGGCGCCCAGGCCGGCAGGAGGCGGGGGAGGGAGCAAUCCAGCCAGAAAUGGCUAGAUCCGGCCCGGCGGACCCCGGAUCCGACCCCGGCAGCCGGCGACAAGUCGACGUCAAGGGCAAGCUUGGGGACCAGGAGGAGUGA